AAAUUUGUUGAUACAUGAUGACAUUUAAUUUUUUUGUGUACCUAUCCCCACUUUGCACGUAUAGUGGUAUAACAUUUUGUACUUAGAGUUAGUUAAGUCAGUUCCCUGUACAUCGCAGACAUAACGUAAUUCAUAAGAUACGUUUUAUACAACGUGAAUUAUAGAAUUAAUUCAUACUGAAUACAUUUAUUAUAUACAAAAUUCACAAUGUCCACUUUGAACACACCUCUUGUAGAGCCUGAGCUUUUUAAAACUUUUGCAUUUUGGGGCAGUAUACUUGCUAUAAAAUUACUCGCAAUGGCACCAUUAACAGCACGUUACAGAUUUAAAAAUAAGGUAUUUUCAAACAUUGAGGAUACAAAAGGACUAAAAGGAGCAAAAGUUAAUACCAAUGAUCCAGAAGUUGAACGCGUACGCAGAGCACAUUUAAAUGAUUUAGAAAAUAUUCUUAUAUGGUAUAUCGUUACAUUCGCUUGGUUAACCACAGGACCUUCUGCAUGGUUAGCUACAAAUUUAAUCAGGAGUUUUGUACUUGCUAGAGUUGGUCACACAAUAUCGUAUGCUAUUUUGUCAGUACAACCACAUAGAGCAAUAGCUUUCUUUGUAGGCUUUCUCAUUACUGUAUAUCAAGCAAUUAGCACUGUGUUGUAUUAUUAUUAAAAUGUUAACAUUCCCUUUUUAUUUUUAUAUAUUCUUUAAUUUUUUGUUAACGUAAUUAUUAAUAAAAUGUAUUAAAAACUUAAA